AUGCCGACUACUGGGCCCCACCCCAAAUCUGCUGAAUCAGAAUUCCAGGGGCAAAGCCAAGGAAUCUGCACGUUCAAAAAGUAUCGGGCACAGAAGCGAAAGGUGGCUGUCUGCAGCGCUCUAACCCAAGGAAAGGUAAGUAUCAAACUUGCCGAGGACGGUCGAGCCCUCCAAGUAUCUGCAGACCCCCUUAACCCACCCGGACGCCCUGCCCGCCCCUCCGCGCCAAGCACCGCACAGGGGCUCGGUCCUCAGCGCGUCUGCAGCCGGCUCGCAAGGCUCGGGGCGCCACGCGGAGGUGCAGUUGCACCUCGGGGAUGGGGCGGCCGGGGAGCCGAGAGGCUCGGCGUCCACCAGCCGGGGCUCCCUACUCACGCUGCACUGCGAGGAGGAGGCGGCGGCGGCGGCGGCGGCCGCGGCGGCGGCGGAGGAGGAGGAGGAGGAGGCGGCGCCCGGUCGUCCCCGCCCAGAGCCCGGCAGUCACCGAGUGGCCGUCCGCGUCUCCGCAGGACCCGCCUCCUCGGCUCCGCAGAGCCGCACACAGGGCGCGCCGCGCUCGCUGGGCACGGGCAGCUUCGCCGGCCUCACGCUGCCGUCCGCAACGGCAGCGGCGGGCGGGGUGCAGCCCCCUCCUUGAGCGCCGCAACCCGGCCCGCUUGGGGAGGUGCCCGCGGGCACCAGAGAAUGGACGGCCGAGCACGAGGGGGCUGCGCGCUGCUCCGGGCAGGGACCCUGUCUGCACCCGGUGGCCCGCAAUAUUGCCGGGGUAGGCAGGGGGAGGAGAACGCUCACCCGUUCCGGUCUGGCGCUCCCUUCUCUCCACACCCACACGCCUCCCGCUCCACGCUGGCGGCGCAGCUGCUCCCGGUGCCACAGCCACAGCCACAGCCGCCGCCGCCGCCGCCGCCGCCGCCGCCGCCGAAGCUCGGGCUGCCGCCGCUGCCGCCUUGGCUGGGCGCGGUCACGUGAUGCGGUCCGCGGGGACCCUGGGGGCGGGCGCGCGCGCGCGCCCGCGCGCGGAGGAAGCCCGACUCGGGCCGGGACUGGGGAGCUGAGCGGCACUGGGAGGGCGUUUAAGGGGAGGACCCGGUAAGCGCGCCCCCGGCAGGCGAGCGCGUGCCCAGCGAUUAGAACUUGCCGCGCGGUCGGGAAAGGGUGGCCAGAGUGAGGAUCGGGGGUGGGGACUUGCGCCUCCGCAUGCCCCUCCCUCUCUUCCUUCCCCUGAGAGCCUCGGCUCGCCGCUGCCUCCGCCCCCUCCAGCGCUCUUCUUCCCUCUUGCCGCAGCCUGCGAUUGGCUGAGAAGCUCUGACGUCCGUGUUUCCAUGACGUGUUGGUGCGGGAGGGAGCGGCGGGGGAGGAGGGGGUGGCUCAAGCGAGCGGGGAGGUGACUCCGUCAGUCACAGCUGCUGUUUCGGCGUGGGGCCGGGCCGCUGCCGCGAGGUGUGGAGGCAGGAGAGCGAUGACUGCCGCAGGAGAAGUGCGGGCGCCUUCUUCACCUGGGCCCCCUCCGGAACCGCCCCCGGGCCCGCGCCCCUCCAGGGCCCAGAAGCGGGCCCAGGAACGGGCCAGGCGAGCGCUCUUGGCGAGGACAGUUAAGGCGAACCCCCAGUCAGCGGACAUUUGAGCGGCUCCUCACCGUGUCUCUGUCCCCACUCCAAACCGGACUCGACGCCUGUCCCGGGCCUUGACGCACGCACCGGACAACAAAAGUGCUUCACAGCUUGCUCCCUCUUUGGGGAAGAGAGCCCACUCCCCAUGCGGGCGCAGAGCACCAAAUCUCUGUUCCUACCGGUCGGAUCCGCAGACACUGGGGAUCCUGGCUGCAGCACCCAAAGGGUUAACGCAGGCGUUCGGCCAGUGCAAACCGGCCUCUCAGGAUCCGCGCUUAAAAUCCGGGUGUUUUCAUUUUGGGUUUGCUUUUUCUUCUGUGCCAAGCUGGUGGCUCUCUUAGUUCUCGUGUAACAUCUCAAUCCUGCAUCCAUCUUUCCUGAAGGGAAAAGGAAACGGGCUAACGUGCAGUAUUUCGAUGCUCAAAGGUAACCGGCUCUGCUCCAACCUUCAAGACAUUUUGCAAGUUGAAAAAAAAAAAAAAAACACCAUCGUUUGUAACAUCUACUUAAAACAAAAGCAGGUUUUCCUUCCUGAACACACAUAUAUAUACACAGUAUUUAAAGAUGUGUAUCUUACUUAAAAUACGUGCUUCAUCUAAUCUCUAUUUGAACUCACCGUCGCCACUGGCCCAGAGACCUUGUCAGUGUUAUUUUCAGUAUCACUUAGAACAAAAAGAUAAGUUCUGCAAUCUUCUUUCUCUUAAUUCUAGAACUGGAAAAUUUAAUAUUUGUAUAUCCUCCUCAAAAGCAUACAGGCGAUUGGAAGUAUUGCAUUAUGUUCAUGAUCUGAAGAUAACAUUUAUUUUAAAAUAUUUUAAAAGCUUAGAAACAAAAUGUAUAAAAAAAGUUUUAAAGUGAAUAAGUCUAAAUCAAGGCUGUUGCAAAUAAUUUAUCAGUUUAUGUAUCUCACUAGGCUAGACAUUACCAGCCUUCUGAGCUGUGCCCUUGAUGCGCAAAAUGAACGAACAUUGGACAGAAUGAUAGCAUUUUUCCUCUUUUCAAUCACUGAUAGAGAAUUGGUUAGUGUGGUACAGUAAAUAGCCCUUCCUGACACUAUUUCCAAUCUUUUUAACAGAAGAAUAACCUAAAUUUCACCUAAGUACAUUUCAAUAUUAUUUCCCCCUAAAAUAUCUUUCAAAACGACUCAGAGGCAUUUAAGAAACACUGGCUUUUUCCUAACUUUUCCUCCAGGGAAGUCACAAUAGAAUGUUGAAUUAUGUAUUCUACUUUAAUCAAGAAUUUGACAUUAAAGUAAUAUAUUAAUCAUUGCUACAGUACACUAGCAAAAUGGGUAAUAGAUUAAACUAAGAAUCUGUUCACUUUGUGGGUUUGUUCCAGUUCGAAAUUAUAAAAUAAAUGCUCUUAAAGUGUUGUGGUCAUGAAAAAAUUAUUGAACAUCUUUAUUUAAGAACAUGAUUCAAUUAAGUUUUCAUUUAUAUCAAUGUCUAUAAAUGAAACAUAUGGAAUAUAUAUUUAUAUGUAUCCAUAAAUGAAAAUGUGUAUCUAUCCCAGAACGCAUUUGUAUGCAUUUUAAUGAAAUGUGAGUCAUAUUCACUGACAGACUUUUACUUUCAUAGUCAAGAAAAUUGUACUGCAUAGUUUUGUUUUUAUAUUUUUAUUCAAAUAGAAAACAAAGGCUGAAAGCAAUAUAGAAAUAACUGUUUACAUUACAUUAAGAAAUUCCCAUUUUUUCUCCCACAGUCUUAGUACUCAGACUUCCUUCAUAGCAUAUUUUUCAGUGUAAAAAUCAAGAAAAUAUUGCAUUGCUUAUUGUCUCCUUGAAAAAAAUUGAACUAUCUGAAAUCAAA